CGUGACGUCAUUUCUGUAAUGGGCGACAUAAUUUUCCCCUUCUAUCUCCCCCAAAGAAGAGGGAUCAAACUGAUGAAACCCAGUAGUGAGACUGAUUUCUUUUGCUUAUUUCAAUGUACAGAUAUUUUGUAGUAUGUUGCAAACCAGCAGUGUAGAUUGUCCAGUUUGUGGGCGCUCGUUUUCAGCCUCGUUUGUGAACGAACACGUGAAUAAGUGUCUGAACAGUCAAGAUAUUGAAUUGCAAAGCAAUGGAGGCAGCGGACAACAUGAAAAGGGCAUGUUAGCAAACAGUCUUCUCAAAGGGAACACUAAAUCUCCAGAUGGAUCAACAGUCAAAAAAUCGAAAAAUGAAAAGGCUUCCAGCAGCUGGUUUGGUAAUACUAGUCCUCCGACAAACGCCUUGAAAAGGAGUUCUUCUAAUUUGGCGGGAAAAGCAAGUACGGAUUCUUCUUCGAAAAGGUUGAAGUUGCACCAAAAUAGUCAAGAAACGCAAAAUAAAGUAACAGAGGAGCUCCUUUCUCUCCAACACUCUAGUUCGCCAUCUCUCGGCCAAAAGAAAGGCAUAGAACACAACAAGGGGCAAAAAUCGAAAAGCAGUCAAUUUACUCCAUUAGCUGAAAGAAUGCGGCCUAAAACAUUAGCAGAGUAUGUCGGUCAAACCCAAGCUGUUGGAAAUAACAGUCUUUUGAGGACUUUGCUUGAGGCUGACGAAAUUCCAUCCAUGAUCUUUUGGGGACCCCCUGGCUGUGGAAAGAAAGGAUGUAAAAUCCUUAGGAGUUUCUCUAGAUUGAACACAAACCAUUCUAGCAAGUACCUCACACAUGUCACAGAUGGUGACUUGCAUGUGGUUAUAGAAGAAAAUGCUAUUAAAACUCUGGCCAACUUGUGUGAUGGUGAUGCUAGGAUUGCCCUCAAUGGUCUUCAACUUGCAAUACAGUCACAAGUGGCCGCAGUAAAACAAAAACCAAAGAAGCAGGACACAAAAGAACUAAAUGGCUCUCCAUCAUCGCAACAAAACCCUUCACCUAACAUAGAUGCUGAUCCCCAUGGAGAUGAUGAAGAACUAGUUUAUAUCAAUGUAUCUCACAUCAAAGGUCUUCAAAAGACUCACUUGCUUUACGAUAGGAAUGGUGAAGAACAUUAUAACAUCAUUUCUGCCCUACACAAAUCAAUAAGGGGGAGUGAUGAAAAUGCUGCUUUGUACUGGCUGGCAAGAAUGCUUGUUGGAGGAGAAGAUCCUCUCUAUGUUGCCCGCAGAUUGGUGAGAUUUGCUAGUGAAGAUGUUGGUUUAGCAGACCCACAGGCCUUGAACCAAGCUGUGGCCUGUUAUCAAGCCUGCCAUUUUAUAGGAAUGCCAGAGUGUGAUGUUAUAUUGGCUCAAGCUGUUGUUUACCUUUCAAGAGCUCCAAAAUCCAUUGAAAUAUUUAAUGCAUACGGUGAAGCCAAGAAGUGUGUGCGCAGUUGGGAGGGUCCACAGCCAACAGUACCCUUGCACAUCAGAAAUGCUCCAACAAAACUGAUGAAAAGUUUGGGUUACAGUGCAGGAUACAAGUAUAAUCCCUCAUUUGAUGGCCCUGUUGAUCAGACUUAUUUACCUCCAGAAGUGCAAGGUGUUGAUUUCUUUACAUGGAGCAAAAACAAAUCUGGGGGAAAUGAUGUUUAAGAAAUGCGGUGUUCCACAUUCCAACAUAGCAUUUUUUUCUCAAAGAUAGUUACUGGAUAUUUUGAAUAAUUUCAUGUUGUGUUUUUUAAAUAGAGUAAGACAGAUAGGAGUCUUCCUCAAGGAAUCAAAUUGCAAACAUUAAGACUUCCAAUGUUCUACCAUAGAGCUACAAAUAAUUUUUUUGAUUGAGCAGUGUUGAAAGCACUGUGCACCUAUAAAGGAGUAGGAAAGAUGGUAAUUUCUAAGCUUAGUGGUUGAACAAAAAAAGUUAAUUCUUCUGUUGUAGGUGUUAGACAUGGAAAAAAUGUAUACUAAGUACGUCUCAAGGUAUUGUUAUAUACCUAGACUUACACUAAACAGAACAAGCACUGUGAUUGGUUGAUUCUUGGUUAUGUGCCACUGAUGAAAUUCAAAUGUAUCCCGACCAGGAUACAAUUGCACAGUUGUUGCCUACGCACAGAAUACAACAGCGGGUGAUUGCCAUAUGAUUGAUUAAGGGAAAGUCUAAAUAUAUAACAAAGCACUUAGUGUAUGGUCCCUCACGAAACUAGUUAAUUUUGUUUUCCCUAAAGUCUUGAUGUUUUCCUCAACUUUAUCUCAGGAAACAUCAGGCCUUUCGGGAAAACAAAACUAACUGUUUCCCUGGGGCUAUACAUUAAGUGUAUAAUAUUUUCAUUACCUAUUUGCAGGACAGUCUAAAGGCAUUAUAGGGAGAAGUUAUCUGUUAAUCACUUCCAAGAGUUUAAGGGUUAAAAGAAUUAAAAUGAAAAAAUAAAUAUGAAUAAGGGAAUAUUGUAAUUAACUAAGAUAGAAAUGAUGUUUAAAAUAUUUUUCGUAACUGUACUUUGUUUUUUUCACGCGAAAAUCACUUCGAUAACGUUUCGCGAAAAAAUGUAUAAAAAAUUGUAGUUUGACAGGUCUUGGUAAACCAAUACGAUGUAAAUUUGCCGAGUCAUUGAAAUGAACUGAAAUGUAUCUUCUUGACAAAUUACUCACGAA